CUGGUGAAAAAGACGGACUCGUCGCCCCCAAUAGAACUCGGUGCUGUCGUCGGAGCUGAAUGUUGAACGGUGUUCACCGGAUAGAGAGAAACAUGCAGUCAGUGUCGGUUCUCUGAGGAUUCUCGUAACGACGCGUCACGAGCUUACGAAGAUGUGUUCAGUGUUAAAGUGUCCGUGAACGAUCUAGUUCCGUGUAUUUAUGUAUCCGUUGUUGACGAGCAUCGUAGUUUGCCUCGCGACGAAGUGCGCAAGAAAGAUGUCAUAGUCAGGUGCAAGCACAAGUCACGUCGGACACAAUGGCACUGUUGUUCGCCAUCAUAGUCAUCUUGGUCACCACUGCCAUGUCGCUGCCGCCGGUCAUUAGAAUCGGUGCAAUCUUCACGGAGGAUCAGAAAGAUAGUCCAUCGGAGCUGGCGUUCAAAUAUGCCAUUUACAAAAUUAAUAAGGAUAGAACUCUUCUGGCGAACACCACGUUGGUAUACGAUAUCCAAUACGUGCCUAAGGACGAUUCGUUCAGGACGUCGAAGAAAGCUUGCAAACAGCUAUCGAGAUCGGUCCAGGGGAUCUUCGGGCCAUCGGAUCCUCUAUUGGGCGCCCACAUACAGAGCAUAUGCGAGGCUUUGGACGUCCCGCAUCUGGAAGCGAGAGUCGACUUCGAGCCAACGUUCAAAGAGUUUAGCAUAAACCUCUAUCCCUCGCAAGACCACUUGAACAAGGCUUUCAAGGAUCUUAUGUCCUUUCUAAACUGGACCAGAGUCGCGAUCAUCUACGAGGAGGACUACGGAUUGUUCAAGCUACAGGACCUCGUGAAAUCGCCGCCAUCCGCGAGAACGGAGAUGUACAUUCGCCAGGCAGGUCCUGGAUCCUACAGACAGGUCCUCCGAGAAGUCAGACACAAAGAGAUCUACAAGCUGAUCGUCGACACGGAUCCUGCGCACAUGCAACAAUUUUUUCGAGCCAUACUCCAGCUGCAGAUGAACGAUUACAGAUACCACUACAUGUUCACCACGUUCGACAUCGAAACGUUCGAUCUCGAGGACUUUAAGUACAACAGCGUGAACAUGACUGCGUUCCGUCUGGUGGACCUCGAGGAACCAAAGGUUGCCGAAGUUCUUCGGCAGAUGGAACGCUUCCAGCCGAUUGGCCACGCAAUCCUCAACAAAACCGGAGUUAUCCAGGCAGAACCAGCUUUGGUGUACGACAGUGUUCAGGUUUUCGCGCACGGUUUGGCAGCGUUGGAUCGCAGUCACGAUUUGAGGCCCGCCAAUUUGUCCUGCGAGAGGGAGGAACCCUGGGACGAUGGACUCUCGCUCUACAACUACAUUAACUCCGCAGGCUUACACGGACUAACCGGACAUAUAGAAUUCAACGAAGGGAAACGGAAUAACUUCAAGCUGGAUCUGCUGAAGCUGAAGAAAGAGGAGCUGGUGAAGGUAGGCGAGUGGAAGCCCGGGACAGGCGUGAACGUCACCGACGUGGGGGCCUUUUACGAGACCACAGCGACCAAUAUUACUCUGGUCGUUAUGACGAUAGAGGAGAAACCGUACGUGAUGGUAAAGGAAGACAAAAAUCUGACGGGGAAUGCUAGGUACGAGGGAUUCUGCAUCGAUUUGCUCAAGUGGAUCGCCGGUCAGGUGGGCUUCCAAUACGCCAUAAGGCUGGUGCCCGAUCGCAUGUACGGCGUUUACGACCCCGAGACCAAGGAGUGGAACGGAAUCGUACGGGAACUCAUGGAGAAGAGGGCGGACCUGGCUGUUGCGUCCAUGACGAUAAAUUACGCUCGGGAGAGCGUGAUAGACUUCACCAAACCCUUCAUGAACCUCGGUAUUGGAAUUCUAUUUAAGGUGCCAUCCAGCCAGCCAACGCGGUUGUUCUCCUUCAUGAACCCGCUGGCCGUCGAGAUCUGGCUGUACGUGCUGGCCGCGUACAUGCUCGUAAGCUUCACCCUGUUCGUUAUGGCCCGAUUCAGCCCGUACGAGUGGAACAAUCCUCAUCCGUGUCUGGCGGAGAGCGACGUCGUCGAAAACCAGUUUAGCGUCAGCAACAGUUUCUGGUUUAUCACGGGGACGUUCCUCAGACAGGGCAGCGGGCUCAACCCCAAGGCAACUAGCACGAGAAUAGUGGGCGGGAUCUGGUGGUUCUUCACGCUAAUCAUCAUCUCUUCUUACACGGCGAACCUGGCCGCGUUCUUAACAGUGGAGAGAAUGAUAACGCCGAUCGAGAACGCAGCCGACCUCGCGGAGCAAACCGAAAUCUCGUACGGCACUUUAGACGGCGGGAGCACGAUGACAUUUUUCAGAGAUUCGAAGAUCGGGAUAUAUCAGAAGAUGUGGAGGUUCAUGGAAUCGAAGUCCAAGACUGUGUUCGUGCAGAGCUACGAGGAGGGUGUGAAGAAGGUGUUGGAGAGCAACUACGCUUUCUUGAUGGAAUCCACUAUGCUCGAUUAUGCGGUACAACGAGAUUGCAAUCUUACGCAAAUCGGUGGCCUGUUGGACAGCAAGGGCUACGGGAUUGCCACCCCCAAAGGUUCACCGUGGAGGGAUAAAAUAUCCCUGGCGAUUCUGGAGCUGCAGGAGAAGGGCGUGAUACAGAUUCUGUACGAUAAGUGGUGGAAGAACACGGGCGACGUGUGCAACAGGGACGAGAAGAGCAAGGAAAGCAAAGCGAACGCCCUCGGAGUCGAAAAUAUCGGUGGUGUCUUUGUCGUGCUGCUCUGCGGCCUGGCGUUAGCGAUCCUCGUCGCGAUCCUCGAGUUCUGCUGGAACUCCAAGAAGAACGUCCAGUCGGACAGGUCCCUGUGCGCCGAGAUGGCCUCGGAAUUGCGGUUCGCCGUGCGGUGCGGCUCGCGGCAGAGGCCAGCCGCGAAGGCGCGCAAUUCCGACGCCGCGGUGCCGUGCGGCCGUUGCAGUCCGCGAGCCAGCAGGAGGAGAACGCGAUAUUGCUCGACGGGCCACGAGGAGACCACCUACAUACCGAGCAUCGAGAUACCGCGGUUAAAUGCAGGAGGGUGGUGCGUUGUCGAUGACGGAGAUGAAGAAAUCAUUGAGCUUCGAUCAAGUGGCGGCGGCCCGUGGCGGGAACACCUAGCACAGGCCUCAUCCUCAUCUUCAUCCUCAGCAGCCGCAGCAACAGCAACAACAGCAACCGCCACCGUGCAAAGCCACGCCCACGCACACGCGUCACACACACUGCCACUCACAUUCACACAGUCACAAUCACAGUCAUACGCACAAGCACCAACCACCCCCACCGAGACAGAGACGGGGUUCUUCAAGCAUCGUCUUGGGUCAAGGAGGUGACCACCCUGAGAGUAUUCUCUGGAGAUUCGACUGCGACCUGGCGGGUGAGCCAGACGUGGUGAUAUCGCCGCCGCCGCCGCCACCCCCGC